AUGAACGCAGGAAAGAGAAAAUGGGAGGAGCUUAGAGAUGAGCUAGCCCUGACUACUGCUCUAGAGAACAAGACGACCCGUCCAGCCACAGGUCUCCUACUCUGCACCUCCACUUUCCAUCCCCGCUGCUUAGGCUCCAGACACCACGUAUCCCAGAACCUCCUGGGUACGAACACAGAGAGAACUCGACGCUGGAGCGAACGGCUGGGACUCGGGACCAGACCUCUUGGAUCCGGACGGACGCCCCGUCCGUGCAGCCGCAAAGCUUGCCUUACUUCAUUGCUGAACAAUGCAGAGGAGGCUUGGGGGACCGGACCUGACAGCACGGGGCGGGGCACCCACUUCGGACCCCAGCAUCCGCCAGCCAGUCUUCAAGCCCCACGCUCUCUGCAGCAAGUCUCGAGGGUGGGCUUCUUGCUUUCUACAGACCACACACAUCCUCCACCCCACCCCACCCCACCCCGCUACUUUGGUUCCUCAAGCCCUGCUCACCGUCCAAGCGGGCUGGAAGAGAGCGCACGCACGUCAGGGGCUGCAGAAGCAAGUGGAGCUCGAGACCCGGCCGGGCUUGGACUUUUCCGGAGGGUCCCGCCUCAGACGGGGCGGACCAGGGGCGGGGCAAGGGCCGAGAGGGUUUAA